AUCACUGAAAGUCGAUUGUUGAUGAACGGGUAACUCGCUCCAAAUCACUACCCAGUUUAGCUGGUCGUCCUGUUUCCUCGACGCUGGACACCCGAUAUCCACAGCGCGUCCAGCAGUGGAGGCACGAACCGACACCGGCAGCGAAUUGGGAUAAUUCAGCUCUGAAGUAUAAUGGACCAAAGGGGCCCUCCUGAGGGGGCCCCUGUUGUCAUCGCUGACCCCAUGGACAUGACUAUCAUCGACAAGGUCUGCAACGAGAGCAACUGGCCCGACGACAACAUCGUCUCCUCGUCGACUUUCUGCGAUAAUCCGAGGAAGCUCAACAACAAACUGCUAUUUUUGACUGUGGAGUAUGUCGAAGAUCAAGCCAGAGAUUUUGGUCGUAUGUAUCCAUACGAGCAAGUUUCCUUUUCGUCAAGGGCCAACUCUCCCUUGUCGGACUUUGAACAUCGUGUUAGUCCUCAUGAUCCAAAUAUGAGUUCAGCUGCGAGAUACUCUCCUACUCCUGUUCCGUUGCCAUCCUCACCAUUCCACAAUUCAGUGGUUGUUCUUCAGGAACCUUCUUCACCCCUCAUAUCAACAUCGGAAUCAGCAGUACGAAUCACAAAUGGAUAUUCAUCUCAGCUUACCGAUCAAUCAUCAAAUCCCAGCCUGUCUCAAAGUGACAAUUCUGAAGAUUUUACUGACAGUACAAGUGAUGGACUAGUCUCGAGUGUUGGGAAUGAAUUAAUGCUCAUACAAGGUUCAAAUUCAGAGCUGGAACCUUCAUCUACUCCACUUAUGCUGUCAGGGAUUUCAGCAUCUGAUCUCACACUUACGAGAGACUUUCUGGUCAUGCAAGAAGAUCAUAUCAAUGUCAUGAAUCCUAUGAAACUUAAUUCGAGUUUGGAGCAAAAUGUCAAUCAAAUUGCAGAAACCAUCUUACCACACGAUAUUGAUGAUGAAACUAACGCACAAAUAUCAACAAUGAAAAAUUUUAAAAAGUUUACUGAACAGCCAAAUCAAAUCUUGGAUUCAAACAAGAAAGAAGUUCAGUGGCCAAAGGAUCAAUCCAUUGAAGAUAAUAGCCUAUGGUAUAAUGAAGACUGUGAUAGCACUUGCACAGAUGUGGCAGAUUGUACUUUACACAGUGUAUGCACUAUUGCUGAUCAACCAGUUCCUUCUAGAGCUGUUGCAACACUACCAGGCCUCUACUUAUCUAUUGAGAAACUACCAUCUUCUGACAUCAUUAAUGCGCAAUCAACAGAGUUUGGUAUCUUUGCAAAAAGAAAUAUUCGUCGUCGUACUCAGUUUGGUCCAAUAGAAGGCAUUUUACGCCCUUAUAAUGGAUCGAAAAUUGAGGGUUUACCGUUGUUGUUAGAAUCCAAAGAGGAAGGCGACUUUUUCCAGAUCGACGUUUCCGACGAAAAUUCAUCGAACUGGAUGCGUUUUGUGAGACCUGCUAAAACUUACGAAGAACAAAACCUAGUUAUAAGUCAACAAAAUGAUGGCAUAGUGUUUCUCACAACUCGGAAUAUAAUGCCCAAUGAAGAAUUGAAAGCUGGUCCAAGUCUCGAAUAUGGUAAACGUAGAAAUUUACCAGUACUUGAAGUAAAAUUUAAAAAUAAUUUAGAUUCGACUGUAGAUUUUUGCACUCAGUCUCACAUUACGACUGGACCACUCGAAAUCGCCGAUGAAAAAGUUACCGAAAAUUCAAACGUCGAUAAUUUACGAAAUAAUUGUACAAAACUACAAAAGAAGCGCAAACCUACUCGUAGCUCAUUCCAAAAAUACGUAGAAGUUAACGAAAUCAAAGAAAACGAUUCAAGUGAUAUAAGUAUUCUUCGAAGUGUUAGUAAAGACUUUAAAUAUACAGGAUCUCCAAAACUAAAUGAUGAAGACAAAGAAAAAGAAAAUUCUCCAGAUUCUAAGUUAGAAUUAAUGGAACAAGAAGUAACGCAAUCUGAUCAAACGGAUAUUUCAGAGAAAAAUGCGAACGUUGUCUCAUCGAGUAUUUAUAAAUGUGAAAUAUGCUCAAAACGAUUUUCAACCAAAUUGAAGUUUCAACAGCACUGCCUAGUACAUGGUGUCAAAGAUAAUGAAUCACUUACAUGUAAUGUUUGUUUAAAAACGUUUUUAAAUAACUCUUCUCUGUCUCGUCAUUUGAAAACUCACCAGAAAGAAAGACAGACUCUCGAGUGUCCUGUGUGCAGUGAAGCAUUCGGACGUGUCUUGACUUUGAAAGAUUUUGCAGAAACGCACCUUAAUCAAUAUGAAACAUUCACUUGCCCUCACUGCCCAAAAUCGUUUACGAGCUAUGCACUUACUCGUAAACACGCUAGAGCACAUCAUUUCGAUCGAAAACAUGAGUGCCAGUUUUGCUUAAAAUGUUUUCCAGCAGCGGAUAAAUUGAGAAUGCAUUUAUUAAAACACUCCGAUCGCAGAGAAUUUCAAUGUGCGAAUUGUGGCAAACAAUUUAAACGAAAGGACAAACUUAAAGAUCACGUUACUCGUGUACAUUAUACGCCAAAGACUAACAAGGACCAACUGUCGUCAAAUAAUCGUGCCAAAAAAGCAAUUCCAAAGCAGACAAAUCCAGUAGAUUGUGACCGUUUUAUUUACAAAUGUCGUCGUUGCCAAGUGGGAUUUAAGCGUAGGGGUAUGCUCGUGAAUCACUUAGCUAAGCGUCAUCCAGAUGUCCCACCCGAGUCUGUACCAGAGCUUAGUUUGCCAAUUCUGCGACAAACGAGAGAUUAUUAUUGUCAAUAUUGCGACAAAGUUUACAAAAGUAGCAGCAAACGAAAAGCGCACAUAAUGAAAAAUCAUCCAGGUGCAGCCUUACCACCAAGCAAUAGAAACAAGGAGUUUGACAUUCCUGGUUUACCGAAUCCAACGUUUAGCCAGGCUGCUGGUAGUAUUAAAACUGCUCCACAGGGAUGCCAGUGGUGCCAUAAGCAGUAUGCUAGCAAAGCAAAACUUCUGCAGCACCAGCGUAAGAAACACUCCAGUCUGAUGGAGCCGGCGGAUCAGAUACCCCGCCCUCGAAGCCGUCCACCUCAAAAUCAAAACCAACCGCCGCCCACCUCGGCCAGCUCGACUGCGAACAACAAGUCCGACAACAGCAACGAGGAGUCGAGCAGCGAAGCGGCAUUUUUGAAGCCGCGCAUUAUCCGUACAAACGGUACCAGUGGCGAGUCUUUACCUAUCAGCAACAACAACAAUAACGGAUUUGAAUUGCUGACAAGUGGGCCACAGUUUGCUCGCGUGCGUGACAUGCGCUGAAGGGCUCGACCGAAAUUCGCCGCGUGAUAGCGGCCUGGAGCCUUUUUGACACGAAGCUUGUCGCCUUGUGAGAGGGAGAGAAUGAGAAUCUCUCUCUUUUUUGGCAAGCUAGAGAUUAUUUUGUGCACAGCGAAGCCUUGAUAAGUCGCUGUGCUUGUUGCUGCUGCUUCUGCCAGGUUGCAGGAAGUGAGUAGAAGAGUCGGCAGGAUAAUCGAGGAUUGAUGGUCUGUUAAGAGAAAUGCGUUUGCACGCCUGGAACGCAGUUUGUUGGCGCGGCGUGAUGUUGAGCAUCGCGUGCGCUCGCCCCGACGUUAGGGGUGCUGUUGUUUUGUCCUGGGCGGCCUCGCAUGCCGCCAAAAGGUAUCCAUGAUACGUCAUGUCGAUUUUCGAGAGAUAGACUUAUUGUUAAAUAUGUCUUAAAUGAAAAAAAAAAAAAAAUAACGAAUGGCUUAGCAAUGGAAAACGACUGUCUAACAAAUACUCGAUGUGUAGAUGAUACUACCAGAUUUCGACUUGCUAGAUAAUUAUUUUAAAAAUCUUUGGAACAAUUCGUUAAAUAUCCGUGUCGGAUCUUGCUGUCGGAGCAACGGAAAGUACUUAUAGAGGCUAAUCACAAAUAAUCUACGUGUAAUAACGAUCAACGCUACUGGUUAGAUUCUAGCCAUGAGCGAACGAAUGUCCUUUCGAGAUUUUUAGAUAAAUAUUUCGUAAUUUUAACGAAUCAGAAACACCUCUCACGAUAAAGCCUUGCCGUAAUCGUUAUUACGUGGAUUUAGUCGUGUGCAUCUGUUAGCGAAGCAAAAUGAAAUGGCAUGCCCCCCGUAAUAGAGUCCAAUCCAAUUUCUCCAUGACGAAGCUCAGAGCUCGCCUCGCUCGUCUCUUCGUAUGAACUUAUCUUGCGCGUAUCAACUCUAUGUCUAUUCCGGACCUUUUCCGAAAAUAUGCUUCGAGUCAGCAUGAGAACGUACAUCCUUACCGAGUAGCUAUGAUAUAAUAAUUUGUCAUUGAUACAACACAGAUACACAGUAAUACACGUAUACUGAAAAAAAAACUUACACAAUAUCCAUACAACACACUUCCAUGAUAACGCAGACAUCAAAGUAAUACAACACUUACACAAAAACAAUUUUGUCUUUUCGUCUCCGGAUGCUUAUUCGGUUAAAUUAGAGAACUUACUGUCAUCAAACGUAUUGUACUAUGCUAAAGUGUGAAUUUCCAUUUUUCGAUUCUUGCAAUAGACAAAAGUAAAAACGAAGCACAAGAGAGAAUAAGCCUGUCGUUAAACAAAAAAAAAA